UCAUCCUUUCAACUAAAUAUGCCGUGAGAAAUAAUUAGGAAAUUAUUAUUCAUAUUACUAUAAUAUUUAUUGAAAGAAUCUAUUAAAAUUUUCAAAACUUUGAUUAGAAAUAAAUUCUUUUUGGCACUACACCCGUGGUUGCGGGCGUAAUGUAUAGGGGGAAUUACAACAACGACCGCUAACGUGCGCCUCUCACUCUCCUCGACAAAUUCCAUUAACGCCACCGUUUGCACUGCUCGUCGUCCCUCUGGUAGGAUUGGUUGAGGCUUAGAACUUUUGGCUUAUGGCUUUAGUUGCUUAUAUGAAGGAUUCGAAAUUAUGAGCUUUGCGUUUUUGGUUGUAGAGAGAUGGAAAGUGAUGAUGGUUCAAACUUGAAGGCAGGUCCACCGUUUGCAAUUUGAUUUGGGAAUAAUGUUGAGCUAGGGUUAGGAAAGGUUUCAUUACAGAAUUCCUUUGAAAGUUAGGGACUAGAAAAUGGAUGGUGGUGGGGGCUCUAAGAAAAGAUUAAAGGUCACAGCGGCGGAGGUUGGUGUUGAUUCAGAUGAUGAUGAGCCCAUUUUGUCUUUGUUGAAGUUAAGGAAACCUAAGAAUCCUAAAAAGGAUAAGGCUGGAUUGGAAGGCAGUGCCGGGAAGUGCCAGAAGGUUGAAGUUAAAGCAGGUAAAACUGUGGAUAAAGAUGAGGAGGAUUUUGGGGGAAUGAAUGAUACAUUGGCCAGCUUCAGAAAGAAGUUAAAGGAUCCUAAAAAAGAUAUUGAUCCAGGAGCAAUGAGGGUAAGGAGUUAUUCUUUGAAUAAGUCUGUGGAGGGUGGUGGAAUUUUGGAUGGGAAAUCUGUGUCGAACACUGAUGUGAAAGGUCAGGAUAUUGGUGAAGACAGGUCUGAUGUGGCUAAUGAUAAAGUUGUUGGAAAAAAGCGUACAGGGAAAGUAAGGAGAACCAAGUCAGAUUCAAAAGCCACGCCUAGUGAGGUUGAUGAUGAAUCUGGAGCUAAACUUGAAGAAGAUCAGAAUGAGGGAGGUUUGUUGCCUGGGGAAGGUUCGUAUCAGUGUUCUCACAAGGCACAAUCUGGUUCAGUAGGGAAAUCUUGCGCAAUUUUGAGUUUGAAACAUAAUUGCGAGGCUGCUCAUCAUGCUUCUGAUUCAAAGAAUCCUAGCAGAAAUUAUGGUGAUAGUUCUCAUUCAGUUUCUAGCUCAAGCUUCUCACAUUCAUCCUCCAAAGAAUGCAACACAGCUGAGAAUCAAGGAUUUGACCAUAGUUUGUGUCAACAAGAAAGCAUUUUGGAACCAGGUGACGUAACUGUUCAAAAGGAUCCUACAGAGCAUCCAUGUAGGUCAUCUAAAUUUUGUGACAAGGAAAGAUAUUGUCAUUCCAACAUUGAGCUCAGGGACAAUUUCUCAGCAAUUGACCAGAGGAGUAGACCAGGAAGUGAAAGUUCACAACAAAAUAAACAUAAUCUGUCACUGUCUGUUGUUGAUUCACUGAAUAUGGAAGAAACUUGCACUGAUGUUCCAAAUUCUUGCGCUGAGGAAUACUCUUUAGAAACUUCCAUUCAUCCCAAUGAACUUGUUGCCUCCAUUCAGAGGUGCAACUCUGCUCUGGAUCAACCUUCUGAAGAUGCAAGCCAUGGUGCUUGUGGUCCCAGCCAUGAUACUGUUUUCAUCAGCAAAGAGGCCAAUGUUGACUCUCCCAUUUCAACACCUGAUGAAAAUGAAAGUUUCCAUGAAGAUGCAGUCUCUCUCCCUAGUUCAGAAAUAAGAAACAGCAAGUCAUCAGCUGUCCAGCGAGGUGGGCGCAAUAUUAAAAAGCGUAGACACGGAGAUAUGGCUUAUGAAGGGGAUGCUGAUUGGGAAAAUUUGCUAACCGAGCAAGGUUUUUUUGGAAAUCAACAGUUUGUAGACAGUGAUCAUUCCUUUAGAGCAAGAGAGAAGUUUGAUGAGGCAGCAGUAUCAUCUGGACUGAAAGCUCGUGCUGUGGGGCCAGUUGAGAAGAUCAAAUUUAAGGAGGUGUUGAAGUGUAGAGGUGGGCUACAGGAAUACUUGGAAUGCAGGAAUCAUAUUUUAGGUCUUUGGAGCAAAGAUGUUAACCGCAUUUUGCCUCUUGUUGACUGUGGUGUUAGUGACACUCCUUCAGAGGGUGAACCAUCCCGAGCUUCUCUAAUUAGGAAGAUAUAUGCAUUUCUUGAUCAGGGUGGUUACAUAAACUUUGGAAUUUCUUCAAAGAAAGAGAAGGCUGAGCUUAGUGUUAAGGACAACUACAAACUUCUUGAGGGAAGAAAAAGUGAUGGUAAUUCUGUUGCCUCUGUUGCUGAUUCAGAGGAUGGAGUUGCCUUUAUCCUUGGUCAGGUCAAGAAUUCUAAAGCUUCUAUGGAUGCAAAGACUGGUGUUAGAGUUGUUGAUGAAAACCAGGCAUCUGAAGCCACAAUAGCAAUAGCUGAAGUAUUGGUUGAUUCGAUCACACCAAAAUUACCUUAUAUAUGCCAGCAAAAUAGCAGCGUUAGUGCAAAAUUAAACACUGGAUUGAUUAGUUCGCAGGUUUCAAGUACUGAUCUAUCUUGUGAUGCAAUUGAUGUUGGAGUAGCCCCUGUAGUAACUCCAGAAGGAAGGAAUGACUCACAGUAUGUUCAAUCUGCAACUUAUGAUAAACCUGACGGGAAUCAUCAGCUGCUGAAUGAUUCAGAGGUCAGAAAGAACAUCAUAGUUAUUGGAGCUGGUCCUGCUGGAUUGACUGCUGCACGCCACUUGAAACGUCAGGGAUUUUCUGUAGUUGUACUUGAGGCUAGGGAUAGGAUAGGAGGUCGUGUUUAUACUGAUUGCUCCUCUCUUUCAGUACCUGUGGAUCUUGGGGCUAGCAUUAUUACUGGAGUUGAGGCUGAUGUGUCAACUAAUAGAAGACCAGAUCCAUCCUCAUUGAUUUGUGCACAGUUGGGGCUAGAGUUAACUGUGUUGAAUAGUUCCUGUCCUCUUUAUGACAUUGUAUCUGGUCAAAAGGUUCCUGCUGAUCUGGAUGAUGCUCUGGAAGCUGAAUACAAUAGUCUUCUUGACGAUAUGGUGUUUCUUUUUGCUCAAAAAGGUAAAAAAGCAAUGACAAUUUCUCUUGAGGAUGGUUUAGAAUAUGCCCUAAAAAGGCAUCGGAUGGAAGAAAUAGGAGUAGAUAUUGAAGAAACAGAAUCACAUUCUUCAGUGGAUGCUUUCUAUGACUCAAAAGCAAGCAAUAUCUUUGGAUUUCCUGGAAAAAAACGUUCUGAAGAGGAGAUUUUGAGUCCUCUUGAGAGAAGGGUCAUUAAUUGGCACUAUGCUCACUUGGAGUAUGGCUGUGCUGCUUCGCUUAAGGAAGUUUCUCUUCCCAACUGGAAUCAGGAUGAUGUUUAUGGCGGCUUUGGAGGAGCCCAUUGUAUGAUUAAAGGGGGUUACAGUACGGUGGUUGAGUCUCUUGGAGAAGGGCUUCUGAUCCACUUGAACCACGUAGUCACAAAUAUUUCAUACAGCCCAAAGGGCCCGGGGGUUGAUAAUAGUCAUCAUAGGCAGGUCAAAGUUUCCACAUCAAAUGGCAGUGAGUUUUCAGGAGAUGCUGUGCUUAUCACUGUGCCACUUGGUUGCUUGAAAGCAGGAGCCAUAAAGUUUUCUCCUCCGUUGCCCCAAUGGAAACAUUCUUCCAUACAGCAGCUUGGUUUUGGAGUACUUAAUAAAGUCGUCUUGGAAUUCCCAGAAGUUUUUUGGGAUGAUACUGUGGAUUACUUUGGAGUGACUGCUGAGGAAACAGAUAGUAGAGGCCAUUGUUUUAUGUUUUGGAAUGUCCGAAAAACUGUUGGGGCUCCUGUUCUUAUAGCCUUAGUGGCUGGUAAGGCAGCUAUUGAUGGUCAAAAUAUGAGCGCAUCAGAUCAUGUAAACCAUGCUGUAAUUAUUCUCCGUAAACUUUUUGGAGAGGCUUCAGUUCCUGAUCCUGUUGCCUCAGUUGUUACUGAUUGGGGAAGGGAUCCUUUCAGUUAUGGCGCUUACUCCUAUGUUGGCAUAGGAGCUUCUGGAGAAGACUAUGAUAUGUUGGCCAGGCCUGUUGAGAACUGCUUGUUUUUUGCUGGAGAAGCUACCUGCAAGGAGCAUCCUGACACAGUUGGUGGUGCAAUGUUGAGUGGGCUUCGGGAGGCUGUGCGAUUAAUUGACAUAUUUACCACUGGAAAUGAUUAUACAGCCGAAGUAGAGGCAAUGGAGGCUGCCCAGAGACAUUCAGAAUCAGGAAGGGAUGAAGUUAGGGACAUAAUUAAGAGACUUGAAGCAGUUGAACUUUCUAAUGUCUUGUACAAAAACUCUUUGGAUCGUGCUCGGGUUUUAAGCAGGGAAGCUUUACUGCGGGACAUGUUCUUUAAUGUGAAAACCACUGCAGGACGAUUGCAUCUAGCCAAGAAGUUGUUAGGUCUCCCAGUUGAAUCCUUGAAAUCCUUUGCUGGGACAAAGGAAGGGCUUAGCACACUCAACUCAUGGAUGCUGGAUUCAAUGGGGAAAGAUGGGACGCAACUGUUGCGCCAUUGUGUUCGUCUUCUUGUGCUUGUCUCAACUGAUCUACUUGCAGUUCGUUCAUCAGGCAUAGGGAAAACUGUGAAGGAAAAAAUUUGUGUGCAUACAAGUCGUGAUAUACGUGCUAUAGCAAGCCAGCUGGUUAAUGUUUGGCUUGAAGUCUUCCGUAAGGCAAAAGUUUCUUCAAAGAGAAAAUCCCUUAAAGAUCCAGCUUCAGGAAAGCCACCUCUGCACUCACAGCAUGGUGCUUUUGAGAGUAAAGAAAGCUUGCAGGAUCCAUUUUCUGCUGGAAAGCAGUAUCCUUUAAACAUAAAGGAGAAUGGCAAAUCACUUGAUAUUGAGGUGGAAGCUGUCGACCAAGGAAUGUCAGAGGAAGAGCAGGCUGCCUUUGCUGCUGAAGCAGCUGCCCGAGCUGCAGCAAAAGCAGCUGCAGAGGCACUUGCAUCCACAGGAGCCAACUGCAACAAAUUACUGCAGCUUCCUAAGAUUCCUUCUUUUCACAAAUUUGCCAGAAGGGAGCAAUACGCACAAAUGGAUGAAGGGAAAUGGCCUGGUAGUGUUUUUGGAAGACAAGAUUGUAUAUCAGAAAUAGACUCUAGGAACUGCAGAGUCAGGGACUGGUCUGUUGAUUUCUCUGCUGCUUGUGUUAACCUUGACAAUUCCGGAAUGUCAGUAGAUAACCUGUCUCAGAGGAGCCACUUGAAGCUCAGAGAACAUUCUGGAGAAAGUUUGGCUGUGGAUAGCAAUAUCUUCACGAAAGCAUGGGUUGAUACUGCUGGUAAUGGGGGGAUCAAGGAUUAUCAUGCCAUUGAGAGAUGGCAGUCUCAAGCAGCUGCUGCUGAUCCAGAUUUCUUCCAUCCUACAAAUUUCAAGGAUGAGGAAGAUUCAAAUACGAGUUCAAGGCAACCAACCUGGAAGAAUGAUGGACGAGCAAAUGAGAGCUCCGUCUCCCAAGUUUCUGUAAACAAGGAGCGAUUUGAAAAUCAUCCCUGUGGAGCUGAUUGUAUUAAACAGGCUGUCGUUGAUUAUGUUGCAUCAUUGCUAAUGCCCCUUUAUAAGGCAAGAAAAAUUGAUAAGGAGGGAUACAAAUCGAUAAUGAAAAAAACUGCAACAAAGGUAAUGGAGCAGGCAACAGAUGUAGAGAAAAACAUGGCUGUUUUUGAAUUUCUUGAUUUCAAGCGCAAAAACAAGAUUCGUCCCUUUGUAGACAAAUUGAUUGAGAGGCACAUGGCAAUGAAGCCAACCAUGAAUCUAUGAUGUUGUUAAGGAUUGACUAGUUAUGCUUUAUUGGUUGCUUCUCUGCAAGAUGUAUAAAUGCCUCUCCCGGCUUGAGUUCACUGCCUUAAGUUAUAGUGAUGCUGGAAAGAGUUAUACAAUCUGCAGUUCAUGAUCCAGGUGUCCAUAGAACAGAAAAAACAUGGUUCUGUGGUUUGCAGUCUUGAUUGACCCUCAAAGAGGAAAGCAAAAGUUGCUCAAAUUGAAGCCUUAUUGCAUAUUUGAUCAGAACUGGUACCGGAAUGUGGUAGAAGCUUUUUGGAUGCUGAAUUAGUUUCUUUAUUAUAAAUGAGAUCAAUGAAAGUAUUGUGGCUAUGCAUCUCUUGGGAAACUGAUUGGCAUUGAAGAUGACAUCAAGAUCCUUGUAUUAUUGGCACAAAGGCAAUACUUUAAAGGGUGGUAGUUAAGAUCCAAUAUUUUAUUCUUGGAUUCCCACAGAUUAGACAUUACUUGUCUUUUCUUUCUCCUUUUCAUUUUGAUGUGUAUAGCUUAGAAUUCUUUUAGUGAUGACAAGCAUACAGAGAUCGUCUAUCUGGAAAUACUUCAACAUUAUCCUGAUUUUUUAACUGAACAUCAAUUGCUAACUUCAAUUUCUUUCUUCAAUUCAUUGUUGAAGCAAUGAUGUUUACAUGCAUGAAAUAAAUCCAAGGGGCAAUAACUACAUUUUUUGUAGUGGGGACGGGUUGAACUGCAUGCCAUCAGAACACAUGAAAUAUUGUUUUCAUCAUUCCAUGAUAAAAACCUUUUGAGCUAUUUCCUAUAUGAAAUUUACAUUGAAAUUAUUAGAUGAGUUGCUUGCCCGUUGGUAUUUGUUUAGAUGGUAUUGAAGUUGUAGAACACAUAUUAAUAUUGUAUAUCACAUCUGCUGGGUAAGUUAGAGGAAUGCACUAUGGAAUACUAGGUGGCCAUUUCAUUUUAUAUACUUAUUUAUACUGAAUGUCAAUGGAAUAUACUUGUCAUUUCUCGGUUACUAGUUCAUUGCUAACACCUCAUUUUGGAAUUCCAGAUUGGCAAAACGUUGCGGCUGGCCAGUGGCCGAUGCGAGGUAUGAGCUCUUUUGCCUCUUAAACCUGCUAAAUUCUCAAGUCCCUGGAAAGUGGAAACUAUUGUGCGACCACAGGUUGGGUUAUAUUAUUGCAAAACUCCAAUUAAUAUAGCUGGACCUCGAAUAUAUUUGUGCGUGUGUGUUUUUAAACAUUGACUUCGUAAGCAAUAGAACAAACUAGAUGCAACUGCUUUAGCAUGAUGGUUUUGGUCCCCAUCAAACAUUAAGGUAGAGAUGUUCACUGGUACUCUAUGGAACUUUGGUUGCUUCUGAAGAUUUAGCCCUUUAUCGCCAGGUUAAUGGAGCUGUGGUAGGUUUGUGCUGUGACGCUGUAUUUUGUUUACCGUUGACACCUGAAUGAAUUUAGGGUCAUUCAGUUACAAAUUAAUCUAUUUACCUGAAAA